GCAGGACAGAGUAUUCAAAAAAUCCAAAACGAAUCCCAAAUUAUGGGAACAAUGUUUGUAAACUUAACAUCGUUACUCACCUUAGUUCGGGGUUACUUUAUAUUUUCGGGAAUAGCAUUUUCCUUCGUGGCGGGAGAAUGGGGCAAUACGUGUUCAACAUAUGACGGAUACCCUUUUCGUGACAGCCCGCCCACCUUCUGCUGCAAUGGGACGCAAAUAAGUGAAAAUGAGAUUUCUGAAAUGGAAGCGACCAGAUUUUCCCGAAAAUCUAUUUCCAAGAUAUCAAACAGCCAUUAUUUUGCGUGUCAGAAAGAAGUAUCGUCUGCUUAUAUGUCGGAUAAUAUUUCAGUUUACCUGUGGAAACUAGCUGCCUGCAUGUAUCGACAACAGAAUAACGGCACAAAGACCAUAAAUUACUCGGACUUUGUCUCCUGGAAGGAAAGAACGGUGAACUACACGACGAAUAAAACCAUCCUGGCAGCAAUUCUCGACAGAGGCAAAUCCAUGUGUCCAGAGGCAGCAAAGAAGUCUGAAUUCUACAAGAAGUUUCAAAUACUGGAGAACUGCUAUUACUCAAACAUAGAAAAGAAAUGCGCAUCACAGGAAGCUAUCAAGGUUCAUUGGAAGAUGGUCAGGAAAGAAAAGACAGAGUUUCCGUGGUCGAACUGCCCCCGUCUUCCUGUUGUGUUUGGCUAUCACCAAACACUCCGGUGUUGCCGGAACGAAACACUGCCGUGGAUGGUAGAUGAUUUGCUUGGGUUUCAGAUGAGUUCACUGCAAGCAGGAGAACCUUACGAGAAAUGUUUACAUUCGGUCAAGAACUUCGUGAAUACUUCAGUAGAAGGUGGACCUGGAAAAUGUUUGGAGGCUUGCGCAUUUAAUCCGAUUGAUUGGAAGGAAAUCUCCGAAAAACGAGACAUCGUGUGGAAUGCGACAUACUUUCUGGACUACUUGCUAAAUUCUAUAAAUAUCACACACGUCAAAAAUAAUUUAACGACCAAGGCCAAUCAACAAUUUAAAUUUGCACGUUUGCCUAAUGAAGGCAUUCUUCGGAAUACAAACGAUUCAAUCACAUUCGCGGAUAUGGAAAAGGAAUACAAAUCUGUGAACACUCCUUUCAACAAAAGUGUGGAAAUAUAUUGCCGCUAUUACUACGCUCUACGUGGAUUGGCUGGGUCCAGCAUUGUUGACCGCUGUCAUAACAAUGCCUUGGCGACAGACUACAUUUCAUUCUUCACUUAAUAAUACAUUUUGGAAGACGUGCAGAACGGGUGGAAUACCCUUUUCAUCCCUAACUUUCAAAGUUACAUAUUUAGUAAACAUUAUUGGCGAUGGAUCUUUCUCCAAAUGUUUAAUUAAUGACAAUAAAUAUUCAUUAACCAAAUUCGUGAAUGUAACAAAAUCAACCAUAGAAAUAAAAUCAUUAGCAA